UAUUUUAUUAUUAUUACAUUAGAAUACAGCAGGUGCACUUUGACUGAGUUAUGUAAGAAUGUCGUUACGAUGACCUUCGUACGGACGCCCACAGUCUCGAGGGACUCUUUUAAUGUAGUGUUCAGUGCAGCGAAGUUGUGAAAAGCUGAGACCUAUUCCUGCUGCUGGUUUAACUCUUCUACAAUGUGGCUUUUUAAUUUUUUGUUGGGUCUUGACCUCAAGGGGCUUUUCCUGUUUAUUGUUAUUUUCAUCCUUAUUGCAGACUACUUGAAAUACAGGAAUCCUACAAAUUAUCCUCCAGGACCGUUGUCUCUUCCUUUUGUGGGGAAUGUCUUCAGUGUGGACAAUAAACAUCCACACAUUUAUUUUACCAAGCUGGCUGAUGUCUAUGGGAAUGUGUUCAGCGUCCGCCUCGGUGGCGAGAAGAUGGUGUUUGUGUCUGGGUACAAGAUGGUGAAGGAAGCCAUAGUAACACAAGCUGAAAACUUUGUGGAUCGACCCUACAGUCCAUCGGCCGAAAGGUUUUACUCAGGAACCUCAGGUGGUCUGUUCGUGAGCAAUGGUGAAACAUGGAAGAGACAGCGACGCUUUGCUUUAUCUACCUUACGUACCUUCGGCCUGGGCAAAAACACCAUGGAGCAGAGUAUCUGUGAGGAGAUCCGACACCUGCAGGAGGAGAUAGAGAAGGAGAGAGGUGAACCUUUCAGCCCAGCAGGACUCUUCAACAAUGCAGUGUCCAACAUCAUUUGCCAGCUGGUGAUGGGGAAACGGUUUGACUACUGUGACCACCACUUCCAGACCAUGCUGAAGUAUUUAUCUGAAACUCUUAUGCUGCAGGGCUCUGUAUGGGGUACGCUGUAUGAGUCAUUCCCUGGAGUGAUGAAGCACUUGCCUGGUCCUCACAACAAAAUGUUCACCCACUUCGACGUUCUCCUAGACUUCAUUGGUCAGGAGGUGAAGAGCCACAAGAAGGACCUGGACCCCAGCAACCCCCGAGACUACAUUGACACUUUCAUCAUUGAAAUAGAGAAUCGCAAAGAGACUGACCUGGGCUUCACAGAGACCAACCUGGCUCUGUGCUCUAUGGAUCUAUUCCUUGCUGGGACAGAGACAACCUCCACCACUCUGCUGUGGGCUUUGAUUUUCCUCAUAAAGAACCCUGAUAUCAAAGACAAAGUCCAGGCAGAGAUAGACAGAGUGAUCGGACAGAGCCGACAGCCCAGUAUGGCAGACAGAGCCAACAUGCCCUACACUGAUGCUGUCAUCCAUGAGAUCCAGAGGAUGGGAAACAUUGUUCCCUUAAAUGCACUCAGAAUGGCCGCCAAGGAUACAACACUGGGAGGAUAUUUCAUACCCAAGGGCACAACCAUAUUGCCCAACCUGACUUCUGUGCUGUUUGACAAAACUGAAUGGGAGACUCCAGACACCUUCAACCCCGGACAUUUCCUAGAUGCUGAGGGAAAGUUUGUGAAGAGAGAAGCUCUUCUGCCUUUCUCUGCAGGGAAACGUGUGUGUCUUGGAGAAGGCCUCGCCAAGAUGGAGCUGUUCCUGUUUUUGGUUGGUUUACUCCAGAAGUUUGAUUUCUCUGCUCCAGAUGGAGUAGAGUUGAGUACAGAAGGAAUUACUGGAGUCACGCGUGUACCGCACCCCUUCAAGGUUCAUGCCAAGGCUCGCUGAACAUCUCAUUUUUCAUCCAUUUUUCACCUAAACAACCACUUUUCAUCUAAACAAUAUGUAACACACAAGAGUAGGCAAAAGUGUUUUGGAGAGAAAGCUGUAGUUUUUAAUCUCAGCCUUUCACUGUUGUUGAUUGCCUUGUACUGAUGACUUCUUAUGAUCUCUGCCUGGAUGUUCAAUUAUUUGACCAAAAAGUUGUUUUUACAUGAAAUGUUAUUUUAUUAAUGGCAUUGUGUAUAAGAUAUUUCUUCAUAGUGAUGAUCACUUUUUAAAAAUGUAAAAUAGUAAAUAAUGAACUGAAAUCUUCAAUAAACUAUUUCAAUUC